AUGGAAAUUAUGAAUCAUUCUGUUGAGUUUGGUUUCCCAAGUCAGUAUUUGUGGAAAUUUCCACAAGGGAACACCCCUUUGGCACCAGCUCCAUUUGAAAAUGUUUGGUUGGUCAAGUUUUACGAAUUUUGCAUGAAAACUUCCACUCCUUUAACUAUAGCAAUAGUUUACUUUUCGUUCGUUCACUUCAUCAAUCCUAUUAUUCGUAAAAGACAAGUUAAAAAAGCUGCACUUAAGGAUAAAAAUGUUAAAGACUUAACAAAGAAGGAGAUCAAAAGGUUGCCAGCAGCACCAUUUUCGAUUGCCAAAUAUAAGUUAUUCAAGUUAUUUGUUCUCUUACACAAUGUUUUCUUGUGUUGGUACUCGGUGUGGACAUUUGUGGGGAUGAGCCGUUCAAUCUACCAAAAUAUUCAAACAUUGAAGCCACUUACAAACCCAAGUCGUUUCCAACAGUUUUUCCAAUCGGUGUGCGACUUGGACUUUGGUGUUUUCAGCACUAAGUCCGCUCCGCUCGACAGUUUGCUUCUUUAUGGGUUCUGGUUCUACGUAUCAAAGUUUUACGAAGUGUUGGAUACCAUUAUCAUCUUAUUGAAGGGUAAGCCAUCUUCUUUAUUACAAAGUUACCAUCAUGCGGGCGCUAUGAUGUGCAUGUGGGCUGGUAUCAGAUACCGCUCUCCUCCAAUCUGGAUCUUCGUCAUAUUCAACUCCUUUAUUCACUCUUUGAUGUACUUUUACUUCACCUUAUCGUGUUUGAAAAUUAGAGUUCCAAACGUGUUCAAGAGAGCAUUAACAUCUAUGCAAAUUACCCAGUUUGUGGUUGGUGGAUCUUUGGCCGUAAUCCAUGCCUUCAUAUGGUAUACAGACUUAUCUACUGGUAAAAUCACGAAUUGUAUUGGCUCUUCUGAUCAAGCAUUACCAUUAAUCAUUAAUGUGGCCUAUUUGACCCCAUUGACUGCGUUAUUCGCCGCUUUUUACAUUGAAAGCUACAUUAAGCGUGCUCAAAAAUAG